CUUCCUUUGAUGCAAACAUAAAACAAAAGGAUUUUUGCUGCCUUUGUUGACAGUGUAUGUUGUCGUGUUGCAUAUCUUUGUUGGUAAUAAUACCGUGAAAUUGUCUUGAUUAUAAGCAACAGUUAAAAAGCUUUUGAUUAGUAUAGCCAUGAAAUGAUGAUUAGUGAUGGUUGGAGUGGGCAUGGCACUAAGAGGAAAAUGGGUUUUGUUUCCACUCUAUUGUUUUUGCCUCAUUCCGAUAUGUUUGUCGGCGGCGAAGGAAGGAAAGCCGCCACAACAGCAGAAGUUGCGGUUCGGGGAAAACGGACAGUUCAAGAUCUUGCAGAUUGCUGACUUGCACUAUGCUAAUGGGAAGACUACCCACUGCCUGGAUGUGUUGCGUUCUCAGUAUGCUUCUUGCUCUGACCUCAACACCACCGCCUUCAUCCAAAGGAUCAUCCUUGCUGAGAAACCCAACCUAAUUGUCUUCACUGGGGAUAAUAUAUUUGGACAUGAUGCCUCGGAUCCGGCCAAAUCAAUGGACGAGGCAUUUGCUCCUGCAAUCGCUUCAAACAUUCCUUGGGUAGCUGUUCUGGGCAACCAUGACCAGGAAGGAUCCCUCUCUAGGAAAGGGGUGAUGAAAUAUAUUGCUGGGAUGAAAAACACUUUAUCUAUUGUCAAUCCUCCGGAUGUACACAUAAUUAAUGGUUAUGGGAACUAUAAUUUAGAGGUUGGAGGAGUUAAGGGUACUGAUUUUGAAAAUAAAUCAGUGCUCAAUCUCUACUUUCUCGACAGUGGAGAUUACUCCAAGGUUCCUUUCAUUCCUGGCUAUGGCUGGAUCAAACCCUCUCAGCAACUUUGGUUCCGACGGACAUCGAAAAAACUUAGGAAAGCAUACAUGAAUGGACCAGUGCCUCAGAAAGAACCUGCACCUGGUCUUGCAUACUUUCACAUUCCAUUACCUGAAUAUGCUAAGUUUGAUUCAUCAAACUUCACAGGCGUGAAACAAGAAGGCAUAAGUUCUGCUUCUGUGAAUUCUGGCUUCUUCACAACACUGGUUGAAUCAGGAGAUGUGAAGGCAGUUUUCACUGGCCAUGAUCAUGUCAAUGACUUCUGUGGGAAGUUAACAGGUAUAAAUCUUUGUUAUGCUGGAGGAUUUGGGUAUCAUGCUUAUGGCAAAGCUGGAUGGUCUAGAAGAGCAAGAGUGGUGGUAGUUAGCUUGGAGAAAACAGAGAAUGGCCAUUGGGAAGAUGUCAAAUCAGUUAAAACGUGGAAACGCCUUGAUGAUCAAAAUCUAACUGGUGUUGAUGGUCAGGUCUUAUGGAGCAAGAAUUUUAGAAGCUACCGCAGGAAAAAACAAGAUGGCGACUCUUGAGAAUUUAUGGUGUUGCAGAAAAAUGUUAGUAUCAUGAAGGUGAUUUUGGAAUGUCUCAGUCUGUUUUAUAUAUCUUUGUUUUACACGUCCUAUAAUCAGGAUACAGGAAUACGAGGUAGCUUGGUCAAAGAUACUAUAUGUAAAAGGAAUGGAAGUUCACUGAUGUGGUGCAAUGAUUGCAUGUUAUGCGAUUGCAACUGUCUGUUCAAAACCUCGAAUCAUGGUGUCCAUGUCUCUAAUUUUUUCUUACCUAUGGCCUCAACAUGAAAGGCUUCUUUAAGAUGAUGCACCAUGAAUUGAGAGUAGAUUUCUACUUGUGUUGUGUGGAUAUUUACGCUACCUGAUAAUGAUAAUAAUACGUUUGCUAUAAAUUCACAAAGUUAUGGUACAAUGAGAGUUAAUAUAUGCAAUUAUGCGUUUAUUGCUAAGCUUGACACUGGUUGAAUCAGAAGAUGAACACUUUUGUUGAUAAUAUAGAUUAGGGUAACAGUAUUCAGUUGGAGUAAAUAUUGGGUUCUGCAAGGAGUGAAUAGAGGAAAUGGAAACUUGUAACUCCAAGCGACUUUGCUGCCUCCCCUGAAUGGAAUCUGGUUUCCCAUCUGGGUUUUAGCUUAGCAUGAUCUGGGUGGCUUUAGAGCUUGAAAGUUGUUCAUGGAGAACUUGAAAAUCGCAUGGUGGGCUUCAAACAUCUGUUGUGUAAGCAAAGUUCACAUAUUUAUACUGCAAGCAAACUUCACACUCAGAACUUCUUAGUCUGAAAGACUGACAAAUAAUACAUGGAAUGACAUUGUUUUU